GAUCAGUAGGAUUUUGAAACGCAAGUUGUGUAUUUGCACUCCGUAAAUAUUAAAAGUGAUACCGUCAAGUGCUUAGCACAAAUUCACCUGGAUGGAAGCGGCGCUCGGUUCCGUUGUGUAAUAUUUCGCUCGCAUGAAAACGCAAGUUGCAGGUGUUAUUCGGCGCUGCUGGCAAAAGAAGUGAGAAAAUUGAACGUCGCGAGAAAAUCAGCUGUUGUUGUUUAUAAGUCCUUUUAGAGAAGAAAAGUAUGUGUGGGAAUUUGGUGCGAAAAAGAGUUGCGAAGGAGUUGAACUUAACAAGUGUUUGACCUUCGGGUCGAGUGUCAAAGAAGUGAAAAUAAUCGAGGAGUCGCAGGUGGGAAGUGAUAGUGAAGAAUUUGACGCAGAAUAUUGUGUGGCGUUGGAGCGCAUUGAUGAAGACGCGAAAAGAUGCGGAAGUGGCCACCCAUCCCCCAGUUUUCUUAACCUAAUUUACAUUCAGUUUACGCCAGCUUAGAAGUUGGUCCGUUCGUUCUUUUGAUCGAUUUUUAUUUUCGUCUCUCGCUGCCUGCUGCUCGUCUUGGGCCUGCGUCUUGCGUUGUGGCACGCUUGCCCCUAGUUCCAAUUUGUCACCGUAGAAGAUAUUAUCAUGCUGAUUUAUUUGGGAGAAGUGUUCGACCGUCUAGUGCUUCUGGUUUAUGCCUAGAAAUUGUGUAAUCAGUCGCUGUCAGUUGGCCGGCCUUCGCGAGUUGAGAUUGUUCGGUUACCGGAACUCGAGUGCAUUGGGGUUACGUCCAGCAGCCAACGGCGAAUUGCAUGGGUUUGCAACUCGCUUUUCCAUCCAAGAUCAUUUCAGUUAGUGAUCGUUGCUGCCUUGAGGGUUUUCUGCUGCCACCUGCUCAGAACGAGACCCAGUCAACAUGCGUGUGGUUGCGAUGGUUAGUGGCGGCAAGGAUAGCUGCUAUAACAUGAUGCAGUGCGUGGCCGAGGGCCAUGAGAUAGUUGCACUGGCGAACCUUCACCCGAGGGACCGAGAUGAAUUAGAUAGUUAUAUGUACCAGACGGUUGGCCAUAUGGGGAUAGAAAUUUUGGCGAAGGCGAUGGGACUGCCACUCUUCAGGAGGGAGACAAGGGGGCUGAGCACACAAACUGGGAAACAAUACGUUCCAACCCACGAUGACGAAGUCGAGGAUCUUUAUAGUCUUUUGGAAUGGACCAAGCGGGAUCUCCAAGUGGAAGCUGUAGCAGUGGGAGCAAUUUUAUCUGAUUACCAAAGAGUUCGAGUAGAGAACGUAUGUAGCCGGUUAAAUUUAGUUCCAUUAGCAUAUUUAUGGAGGAGAGAUCAGACUGAACUUUUACAAGAAAUGAUUGACAGUCAAGUUCAUGCGAUCAUAAUAAAAGUGGCAGCUUUAGGCUUAGUUCCUGACCGGCACUUGGGAAAAUCCUUACGAGAAAUGCAACCGUAUCUGCUACAAAUGCAUGAUAAAUAUGGGUUGAAUGUGUGCGGGGAAGGAGGAGAAUAUGAAACAUUUACGCUUGAUUGUCCUUUAUUCAAACAAAGAAUUCUUAUAGAAGAUAUGCAGACUAUAAUUAGUUCCGCAGAUCCCAUUUGUCCUGUCGGUUACAUCAACUUUACAAAAUUGAGUUUGCAACCGAAAGAUUCAUCGCAUUGUAACGUUAUUGUGAAGACAUCAUUGGACUAUAUAAGCGAUUUGAAUGAAUCGAAUUUCAAUGAUCUCAGCGAUCCAGACCUCAGUGAAACUGAACUAGAAAUAAUCGAGAAGGAAACAAGAUUGCGCGAAUCUAUUAGCCAUAACGAUCUGAUAUCGAGAAGUAAUUCUUUUGGACGACAAGCAUCUUCUCCUAUUCCCAUCGUGACAAAAAGCUCAAGUAUUGACGAAACCAGCUCAGCUGGACCGCCAUUGCAAUUAGCUACCAGCGCACCGCAAACACAGCCCCCUAGUCCUAUAAAAUACGAGCGAGAAUUUCGACCGAUAGAUAAUUGUCCGAUGGCGGCUGUAAAUAGAAAGGGUUGGAUGUGGGUAGCUGGUAUUCAAGGUUGUGGAGAAGAUAUUCAAAGUGGUAUGAUGGAUGCUUUGGAUAAAUUGAAGUGCACAGCAGAGCAAAACAACUAUGAAUUGUCGGAUUUUUGCUACAUAACAAUGUAUAUGCGGAAUAUUCUCGAAUACCCACUUGCCAACGAACUAUACGCUCAAGUUUUCAAUUUCUAUAACCCUCCGACUCGUGUUUGUGUAGAAUGCCCGCUGCCUGAUAAUUGCCAUAUUGUCAUGGAAGCCGUUGGUUACAAGUCGAAUUGUGAUGCGAGUGAGAGUAGUCUGAAGUUCACUACAAUGCACGUUCAGGGGAUAUCUCAUUGGGCGCCAGCAAAUAUAGGACCAUAUAGUCAGUCCACAAAAAUUGGCGAAAUUACAUACAUUUCUGGUCAAAUAGCACUUGUGCCUGGAAGUAUGACAUUAGUGGAAGGUGGCAUACGCCCCCAAUGUAAACUAGCUUUAAGGCACAUAAGCCGGAUUGCGAAAGCAAUGAAUGCCAAUGGCCAGUUACGAGACGUUGUUCAGGGAAUAUGCUUCACUACACAUCCUAACUAUAUAGCGGAGGCUCGGCGGCAAUGGGAACGUUGUACGACUAAUGCUAUAAUAGAUUACAUUGUUGUUCCAGCAUUACCUCGCGAAGCUCUAGUCGAAUGGCAGGUUUGGGCCCACUCGCACAAUGAUCGUUUUGAUUAUGAAGAAACUGGUUGCUCGGUGAGUGAAUACACAAUUUCAAUAAGAAGGCGAUGGAAUUACGAGAAUAAUUGCGCCGCGAUCGUUUGCUAUGUUUCAACAGGUCUAGCAUCAUCCACAACUCAGUUGUCUCAAUUGUCUGACGACACGCUCCAUCACCACAAACAACUGGCACAAAACAUAACGGCCGAAAAUAUAAAUGAAGUUCUAUCAUAUGUUCUUGGAAAGCUAUUAAAAGACUAUCCACGGAAAAGUUACGACCGGCAGCAGUCUGUUGAUAGCACAUAUUCAGACAAUGCAAACAAAUCUCCAUCUACAACGCUCCCACAAUUGCCAGCGAUUCAUUUGAAACUCUUCUAUCAGGUGUCAUGUACACCGUCGGUGCAAUUGUUGCUCAAUACGUUACAAGAUUUCAAGAUGAAAACCAGUCCAGUUGCAAAUAUUGUAUAUACCGUCUUGCCAGCUUGUAGCCUACAUAACUUCAGUACCUUUCUUUCGAUUUGCGGUAUUAGACAUGAAUAAACCUAAAAAGGGCUCGCACUUUCAUCCAACUAAAUGUAUGUCUGUGGUGUUUCUAGCGAGUAAAUCAAAUUGAAGCAAUAAGAUACAUUUUUCUAUUCGGUAAUGUUUUCUUAUUCAAUUUCGUGAUAUUUCUUGAAUAUCUCGUUCCUUUUUUCAGUACUAUAUGUCUCAAUAGCAUAUCACUGAAAAUGGAGACAAGUCAUUCCAGAAAUAUCGGUAUAUAUGAACCUAAAAAAUUACCAGCGCAUAGAAAAAUUUCUCUUAUUGCACCAUUUCAUACUUUCAACCAUUUAAAUUUCAAUUUCUUGCAAAUGCCAUAUAACGGUCGAUCCAAAUUAAGAAAAACUCAUCGAACGCUUUUAUCGUCUAGCUCUAAUCAGGCAAAAAAUACAAGGAUCGAAAAGACAUUUUCAAAUCUUAACCCAUCAUGAGUUUUUAAUAUGCUGGAAUGCACUUUGAUCGCCUCUAACCAAAUGCAUUGCGGAUUGGUCAAUGAUUCUAUACAUUUUAUAUAUUUGGUUACGACAAAAACCCUUAUUUUUUUGUGAAAACGGUGUUGAUAUUUUAUUUGUCCAAACAUUUCGGUUUCCCGUAAGCAUUAAAGUUUGGUUUUUAUUAUAUAGAUCCUAAUAUUGUUAUAAUGUAUAAAUAGAAUCAGAUUUAACGUUGUUGAAAACAGAAAAUGGUGCCACGUUUGUUCUUCGAAAAAUUGAUGUAAAAUUACUUUUCAGAAAGCGAUUCGCUAAGAAAACUUGAAUAUAUAUAUAUACUUGUAUGAGAGAAAGGCAGAAAUAAGGUUUACAUGCUUACGUUUAUUUCUGCCUGAGUUAUUACAAAGAUGAAUUUAUAUAGUAAGAAAGCGUAUAUAAUACAGAGUCCAGUUGAGAAUACUUGUCAGAGCAAAUAGCAUAAUUCAUAUAACGUCUAUUACAGUAUGUUUAAGAUGUUUUUGUUAUUUAAUUAUAAAAUGCAAUGAUAACAAAGUGUAUUCAAUAUAAUUGAAAUAAAUAAUUUAUAUUUUUUAAAAUAA